CCGGAAAAAAGAUUUCACCGCAGCAUCCGCUUUUCAGAAAGUGAUAACAACAAUGUAAAUUGACGGCGAUAUCUAUGAACUAUUAAGGUAUUCAGCUAAUCCAGCUGGUUGAUUUAAUUUUUGGCGUUUUAUUCUAUUUUUAUUCUAUUUUUUUAUGUCAGUGAGAGGAAAAAUGUAGCUCCUUUUAAGGCAUGUUGACUCCCUGCCAGAUUAUAACUGUCUUCGUAAAAAUUGCAACAUGAUUCAGUAAUCAUUACCCCGCGGCAUUUAAUAAUAAACCCAACUACACUAGGGAUUGAGGUGCGUCAUACAGUCAUUUGGCUGGAGUUAUUUCUCGGCACCUCACCAGCAGCGAUACAGAAGUUUAGUGUUCUCAUUUUUUAUUAUUCGAAUAACUUAAGCUACGGUUUGCAGUCUUUAAUGAAAUAGCACACACUGAGAUACAUUGUGCAGUGCCAUAAGGAUACCCAAACAUUGAAAGAAGUUACAAAUAUGAUACCCAGCAGCGCUGCCCUGUCCUGUCCUGCAGUAUCGCUGUCCAACGGACUCGACAUUCCUAUCCUCGGUUUAGGUACAUCUCAUAAUGGAGGCUACAGUCAUGAGGCAGUAGUGUACGCUCUACAGCAAUGUGGCAUAAGACAUAUAGAUACAGCGAAGCGUUACGGUUGUGAAGAGGCUUUGGGGAAGGCUCUGGCUGAAAGUGGAGUACCACGAGAAGAAAUCUGGCUUACUACCAAACUGUGGCCUGGAGACUACGGCUACCAGAGCGCCAAACAAGCCUGCCGAGCCUCGUGUGCCAGACUGGGAGUGGAUUAUUUAGACUUGUUUCUGAUGCAUUGGCCCGAAGGCAUGGCUUCAGGUCGUUCUAACAGUGAGGUUCGAGCAGAGACGUGGAGAGCUCUGGAAGAUCUUUAUGAUGAAGGUUUGUGUCGUGCCAUCGGAGUAAGUAACUUUCUCACCUGUCACUUGAAUGAGUUGAAAGAUGUUGGUGGAGUUGUUCCUCAUGUUAACCAGGUGGAGUUUCAUCCUUUCCAGCAGCCAAUGGAACUGCAUAAGUAUUGCCAAAAGGAGGGUAUUGUGUUUGAAGGCUACUGUCCUCUGGCCAAAGGUCAGGCCCUCACCAACCCUGUGAUUCUUCAACUGGCCCAGAAAUACGGACGCAGCGCAUCCCAAAUCUGCAUCCGCUGGAGCAUACAGAAUGGAGUUGUCACAAUUCCAAAGUCCACCAAACCAGCAAGAAUUCUUGAAAACUGUCAAGUGUUUGAGUUCAGGUUGGAUGAUUCAGACAUGGCAGCGAUAAGUUUGUUGCAUGAUGGGAGACAUGUAAGCUGGGACCCAACUCAUGUGGAAUGACCAUGAAAAGCUUUAAGAAUACCACCUGCUCAGGUUUUUGGGUUCACACUUACAGAGGAGGAUAUGAAUCGAAUGAGGAGGUUACACACUAAUCAGAAACUAAUUCAUCUCACUUAUCCCAUCUGGAAAGGAUAACCUUUAGGGAUUUGCUUUUCUGAUAUAUGGUACUCUUUUAAAAUCAAUGAUCUGAUUUUACUAGAGGCUGUUGUUUAUGAAAGCAAUCUGUCAGUGCAGGGGAUUUUUUUUCUGAAUGCUGCUGAUGUCACACGUGCCUUUUUAAAUGACAGAGAAUUGUGUUGUUUAAUUAUGUUGUAAUAAACCUGGAGUGGAUGUCGAGGGACAAGACAUUUGGGAUGUUUAGCAGAAAUGCAAAGCUCAUAUAUGUUGAAAUGCUUAUAUGAAAGUAAGUUUUUUCAAUAAAGUUUGAUCUGUUAAGUUGUACAAAUAGUCUUUAGUAGUGGGACUACUGUUGCUGAUGGGUGAACCUAUGACAGUAGUCUUAACAUUAAUACAAAUGAGCAAUUCCAGCAUUAUGGGUGUAACAUUUGCAGCCAAAACUUGAAAUAUAAUUGCUCAGAGAAUCAGAAAAACAACACAUCUUGGGGUGGCUUCCCAGACAGGGAUUAGCUUAAACCAGAACUAGGCCUUAGUUUAAUUAGGAAAUAUAACUAGUUUUAACAUAAAACAUUACUUGUGUGUACUUUGAAACAAAACAAAGGGCACUGAUGUAUUUUAAGAUAUGUGAGUGCAAGUUGUUUUCAGUUUUUACAGCUUUUACAUUUAUUUUAGUCUAGGACUGCUCUCUGAAUCCAUGUCCGGGAAACCGCCCCCUUGUGUCCAGUUGAGGACAACACGUUUAUUAUUGGAACAACACAUUUUGUGUUGUUUUAACUCCUCUUGUGUUGUCCCUUUGAUAUAUUUGAACACAAAAUCAACAAUGUGUUAAAUAGCAAAACACAAAACAAAGUGUAAAAAUGAACACAUCCUUUCUUAUUAGAGUGACUCAUGUUUUCUAUUUUAGAUGAGGGAAACAUGCAUGCUUCAUGGAUGUGACGUAAACGGACACACGUUCCUACUUUGUAGGAAUUCUGUAAAUUUAAAGGCACUACCCAGAAGCAAUAAUACCCAACGAAGGGUAAAGGACAAAUAUUGAUUUUAUUAUAUAUUUGUAUGUGCAUUUAUGAGGAAGAAAUAAUGUCAUGGACGUAAGAUAUCCGAAAUGUGCAUUUGUAUUGAAAAUCAAAGUGUUGAAAAUAAUAAAAAAAGGCUUUAAAAUACUUUAA